UUGUUUGGGUUAUCGAUUCGCGGGGCCUGUUUGUACACGAGCACGCGAGGUUUAAAUUCCGGUCGCGCCUCGCUCCCUCUCCCUUUCUCCAACCACUACCAUCCCGCCUAGCUCGCCCAUUCCCUCGAGCGCUUUCAUACACUCCUAUUUACUGCGCCCUUUCCCAGGCGUUCAACAUCAUCUCACUAUUCGACCAUCAUCUCUGCCAAUAUCAUGUCCUGCGGGUCCAUAUCAGGCUCAGCCUCGUCGUCCUCUUCGAACGCAUCGCCCCAACUGCUGGACGAUGCAACACUGUAUACCACUCCUGACGUGGAGGAGACUGAGAGCAGCGAACAACUGCUCGAGGCGGACGAGCUCUUCUUCGACUUUGCGAAGUGGGAGCACGAUUCCACGCCGGAAGCCUCCUCGUCGGGAGGGGAGUCCACCCCCAGCCUCGCGUCGACGGAGGAGGCGUCCGCUGCGCCAAGUGACUCACCAUUGUCGGCUUCGGAGGGUUUGCCGUCUCAGUCGCGGCCACCGAGCCCCGGUUCAUCCUCUGCUCUUUCCACCUUCACUUCCCCGGUGCGCUCCAAGCGCAAGCGGGAGGCCUCUGACGAGGGCCCGUCGACCUCGGUUCGUCAACGAGCGCGGCGGGCACCGCGCAUCACACCCCAAGCCGCGCCGACACCCCAUCAGCGGCGGGUGUACACCUGCGGCCUGAAGGCCAAGGACGACGACCUGCACAAGUGUACGUGGCAGGGCCAUUCGGAGGGCUGGUGGGCCCACCUCCGUGAGGACGAGGCGCUCAAGAAGCUGCUGCCGGUGAAGGCGGAGACGCCUCGUGGGGCGGGGGCCAGCUGCGGGUGGGAUGGAUGCGAGUUCGCUGGGACGGCGAAGGAGGUGGAGGGUCACUGGAAGACGGCCCACAAGGGCAGUCUGGCUGACGAGCGGACGGAGGACAGGGCGGCGGGCAACAGCCUAAACGACUACCAGGUCCACUGCCGCGCGUGCCUGGCUGAGGGGGUGCGCGCGGUUGUGACGGAGCCGUGCCUUGUGCGGCACCUCAGGACGAAGCAUUGGGGGACCGGGAUGAAGUGGUGUGAUGGGUGCGGGGAGUGGAAACGUGCGGAUACGUAUGCUACGGGGGCGCGGGACCACCGGGGCACUUGCUUACUCGACCACUUGAUGGGAAAGAACGCUAGGCAUUCAACCUAGCGGAGGGCUUCCUGUUCGUCUAUUCUGCUUUGCGUCUUCUG